GUACUGGAGCCGUUCAUGAUCCCAUGGCAGAGUGACAUUGGAUUCCUAGACAAGACGCGGAUGCCCGACCCGCCCUCCUUCCAAAGGAUCUUCGACAACAUCAAGGAAGGCGUGUACUACACGAAGGAAGGACAGUCGUUGCAGGUCGUCAAGGAUAUGCCUUGCCACUUCUCAGACGCGCAGUUUGAGCAGCUUCUGGCCGAGUUUCCAGCGGCUCAUCAUGCGUUUCUUGUGCGGCACCCAUUUCAGAUGAUCCCGUCCUACUUGAAGGCCCUUUCGCAAGAUGCCAACCCUGAAGGAUUCACAGAUGACAUCAUCAUUGCCGACACUUCUUACGAGCCCAUGGUCAGGGCCGCCAAAAGGCUGAAAGAAGCUUCGCGCAACGUUCUAGUCAUCGAUGCUGGGGAACUCCUGGCGGAACCAGAGUCGCGUCUGCGAGAUCUUUGCGAUCACAUUGGCGUCGACUUCUCUCCGGCGCUACUGCAUUGGGAGCCGAACAAGAUACCAUCGUCAUGGCUGGAUUUGGAGCAUUUCGAGGGCUGGCUCGACACCGUGGUUUCCAGCAACGGAUGGAUGGCAAGACCUCGGUCGCCGCCGACGUACCCUCAAGUUGACAGCGCCCUGGCGAAGAAGUGCGUGGAUGACAAUCUGCCACUCUUUGAGCAGCUGCUGACUUGCAACGAAGCCCGUUCUUGA